UCAGGCGUCAGAGGUUUGAGUCGCCCCAGGGGCAGAAACGAAAGUGAUCUCUGCUCAGGCCAGUGCCUGUGCCGCAGGGUGAGCCCCCUGUGGUGGGAGGGCCUGGCUGGGCAGGGGAGGAGGCAGCUGUGCCGUGCGGGUCUGGGAAGCUGGGGACCCACACAUGCCCUGGUGGGGACGGCUGGCUGAGUGCCCUGGAGGGACCCCCCCACCCCUGCGGCCCCAGCCCCACAGCAGUGCAGUCCAAGCUCCUGUUGAAUCUCCUACUGGGAAAUUUCUACUUGAGAUAAAGAUGUCUCCCCAUAGCCUGUGGUCCCUGUGGGCCAGCUGAAUCCAGGAGUCCUGAACACCACCCUGAAGAACCCAGCUGGUAUCAGAAACGGCAUCCUGGGGUGUGGCAUGUCGUCCUCCAGCCCCUUGGCCACCAGGGGGCCGCUUCUGGCCAGGCUCUGCACCCAAGUGGACCUCUGUCUGGGCUGCCCCCGCUGUGCCCAGCGUCUCAAUGAGAGCACCUACAUCCUGUGCGAGGUGGAGCACAGCUGCUCCCGCGAGAUCCUUCUAGCUUGCUUCAAGGGAGCUGCCAAGAAGGUCUGGCGUGAGGUGGGCCACCGGCCCCGCUUCCCAAGGCCUUGGAGAUAUAAAGUGUGCCGCUACUACAACCCAGGGCUAGGCUGCCAGCACCACUGGAACAGGUGCACCUUUGCCCGCAGCCCUGAGGAGGCGCUGGUCUGGACCUUCGAGCUCAAACACAGCCUCUCCCGCCUAUGGCUGAAGGCUGCAGUGCAGGGCGAUGCUGCCCAGGACAGGCGAUGCGGGGCUGCUGAUGCCAUCCUUGCAGAGUUCGGUGGCCACUUUCAGCUGCUCUGUGCCCACUGCUUCAGGGCCCACCCCCAGCGUCUCCACCCUGUGAACCCCCAGGGGCAGUGCUCUGAGCACAGAACCUGUCCCGCACUCCUGGUUCACGUCAGCACCCAAGGCCGCAAGCGCCAGUUUGUGGAAGUGCGGCCCAAGCCCCAGAGUGGCCGGCCGCUGCGCUACUGCAGGUUUGUGGGGCGUGGGCAGCCAUGCCGUCACGGAGCAACCCGCUGCCAGUUUGCACACAGCGCUGUGGAGAUGGCCGUGUGGGAGGCCGAGCAGCUGGGUGGGCUCCAGCGGGAGGUCCUGUGCACAGUUCCCACCCUCCAGAGGGACAAGGGCUUGGCCCCCAACAGCCAGUCCCCAGGGGGCAGCCAGCCCCCGGAGGUGGAGCUGUACUGCCGCACCUGCCUGCUCACCUACCGCUCCCAAGAGGCCUUCGAGAGCCACUGUGCCUCCCUGGAGCACUCACUGACCCUGGCCUUCGACCAGGCCACACCCUGGGAGCACCGCGCACCCCCCCUGGGGCUCUCCAAGUUUGAGCUCUGCCCAAGGCCUGACCUCUGUGAGUAUGGGGCCAUCUGCACCAAGGCACACUCAGAACAGGAGCUGCAGGAGUGGAUCCAGCGGGCGGAGGCAGCAGAGCUGUGCGAGCAGGCAGCUUGGAAGGACGGGCUGGUGCCCUACCGGGCAUGGCUGCUGGCCGAGUACCAGCGCAGCAGCUGUGAGGCCCUAGUGAUGGCUGAGACUGUCUGUGGUGUGUCCAUCACCUGCCAUCAGCCCCUCGUACAUCAGGCCCAGGAGAAGAAGAUCCAGCACAGCUGGGCAUUCUCUGUCCACUCUGAGGACCCCCUGCUACAUGUGGCCUUACUGAAGCAGGAGCCUGGAGCAGACUUCUCACUGGUGGCACCCUGCCUCCCCUCAGGCUGGCUCUAUGCAAGUGGGGAGCGCUUUCGUGUGCCUAGCUCCCGAGCUGAAUUUCAGGUGGGAGUGAGGGUGCAGACCACCUCCUUUGGCACCUUUGAGCAAUGGGUGGUCUUUGACUUUGGCCGUCGGCCGGUGCUGCUUCGGAAGCUGCGGCUACAGCUGGGCCAGGCUCUCUGCUCGGAGCUCGGCGGGAGGGGCGGGAGGCCAGCACCUGGCCGGCCUGAGGAGGUGGACGUCUGGCACACUGGCAACCGCCACGUGGUGCCUUGUGUGGAGCGGACAGCAGAGCAGGCAGCCCUGAUGACCAAGUACAAGGUGCCUACCCUGGGCCUGAAGGUCAGUCCCAGCAGCCUGGCCUCAGAGCCCAUCUCUCAAGCCAACUAUCGGCAGAACAUGCACCACUUCCUCUAUGAGGAGGAGGCUGCCCGGCGGCAGCUGGUGGCCAAGCUGACCUUGCGGGGCCGGGUGUCCCUGAAGACUUCGCUGCAGACACCAGCACUCGGCAUGCUCUUUGCACCCCCAGGAUCCCUCUAUGCCAAGGUCCUCGUCCCCUCUGCUCUGACACCAGACACGGCCCAGGGCUUCCUGCUGGGUCGGGAGGUCAGCACAGCCCUCGUGGCCCCUAUGCCCGCACCUGACAACACCGUGUUCGAGGUGUGGCUUGAGAAGCGAGCCAGCUUGGAGCAGGCCUUGUGGCUACUGCUGCCCAAGCACUGCUGUGUAGCCCUGGGACUGCAGGCUGAGGGGAGCCCCAUCUUGGAAGUACAGUUCCAGAUUGACCCGCUCAACUUCUGGUUCUGGCAUCAGGCAGUAGAUGCCUUACCUGAGGAGCGUCUGGUAGUGCCCGACCUGCCCUCCUGUGCUCUGCCCUGUCCUCGUCCCAUCCCACCCUCACUUCCUGGCAACCACAAGCAGAAGCUGGCUGUGGGGCUCAUUGCAGGCAGCAGCACCGGGAGCACAAAGCCUGUCCCGCCGCUGCUCAUCUAUGGCCCCUUCGGCACUGGCAAGACCUACACUCUGGCCAUGGCUACCCUGGAGGUCAUCCGGCAGCCCCACGCCAAGGUGCUCAUCUGCACCCACACCAACAGUGCCGCCGACAUCUACAUCAGGGAGUAUUUCCACGGCCACGUCACCAGGGGCCACUUUGAGGCAACUCCUCUCCGGGUGAUGUACACCGACAGGCCACCAAACCAGACUGACCCAACCACACUGCAGUACUGUUGCCUGACCAAGGAUGCCCGGGCCUUCCGCCCGCCCACGCAGGCAGAGCUGGUGAGGCACUGCGUGGUGGUCACCACCACCUCACAGGCCCGUGAGCUCCGCGUGCCCACUGGCUUCUUCUCCCACAUCCUCAUCGACGAGGCCGCCCAGAUGCUGGAGUGUGAGGCCCUCACUCCACUGGCCUAUGCCUCACCAUGCACCCAUGUGGUGCUGGCAGGGGACCACCUGCAGGUCACACCCAGGCUCUUCAGUGUGCCCAGGGCUAAGGCUGCGGGACACACCCUGCUGUACCGCCUUUUCCUGCACUACCAGCAGGAGGCGCACCAGAUCGCGAAGCAGAGCCGCAUCAUCUUCCUCGAGAACUACCGCUCCACGGCGGCCAUCAUUGGCUUCAUCUCACGCCACUUCUACCUGGCCAAGGGCAACCCCAUCCAGGCCAGUGGCAAGGUCCCACCCCACCCCAGACAGUACCCACUCAUGUUCUGCCACGUGGCAGGCACCCCGGAGCAGGACAUGUCCAUGACGUCCUGGCUGAACCCGGCAGAGGUCACACAGGUGGUGGAGAAGGUGCAGGAGGUCUACAAUACCUGGCCCUACUGCUGGGGUGUCCGGGAGCAGAGGAGCAUCUGUGCCGUCUCCCAUGGCACUCAGGUCAGCGCACUGAGGCAGGAGCUGAGGAGGAGGAACCUGGGUGAGGUGUCUGUGGGCAGUUUUGAGACCCUGCCAGGGCGGGAGUUCCGGGUGGUGGUGCUGAGCACUGUCCACAACCGCCAUAGCCUGAUCAGCUGUGGGGCACCUACCUUGGAGUUCUUCACCGAUGCCCGUGUGCUGAACACAGUCAUGACCCGUGCGCAGUCCCAGUUGGUGGCUGUAGGUGAUGCCAUGGCCCUCUGCUCCUUCGGGGCCUGCAGCAAGCUCUGGAAGAGCUUCAUCCGAGAGUGUGUGGAGCACAAUAGUAUCUUCCCAGAGGGCCUGUCACUGGGGCAGAUUGAGCAGGGUGUGGCUGAGAGGCAGCACUGGGCCUCUGUGGCCCUCAGAGCAGAGAGAACAUGGGCAUCAGUAGUAAGGGGCACCAGCCUGGACAGGGCAGCCGGGAGCCCAGCCACCGAGCACACAGCUGUAGCAAAAGUCCUGCCAGGGCCUGUGACCACAAAGAGUGAGGCCACAAAGGUAGGGGACACUGCUGUUGGGGAUCCAUCACCAAGGGGAGCAGCCAUAACACAGACGAAGGCAGAAUCAGGAGGGGACAUAGCAAAGGGAGACCCGGCAUCCAGGCCAGCCUCCCUGGAGGGCAGAGCAGCUGAGGACCCCAAGGACUCGAAGUUGGACUUCUGGCCCUCUGAUUGCGAGCUCAACGCUGAUGACGCCAUCCUGCAGGAGCUCCUGGACGAGAGCCGGCAGGUGACGGUGACUGUUGGGGAGGAUGGACUGCUGGACACCCUGGCCAGGCCUGCGUCCCCACGGCUCGCCUGGCAGUAUAAGAACCUGCCUGCAGGCACACUGCGGAGGCUGAUGCACUCGGAGCCUGGGCGCUAUCGCCGCUGUACCUUACUGAAAGAGACUUUCGAGUGUGCAUCAGCUGUCCCGCUGGACGAGGCAGCCUCCAGCCCCAUCCAAGUCAGGGGCCGCCUGAACUGCGGGAUGGCCUUCACCGGGGAUGAAGUGCUGGUGCAAGUCCUGGGCCAGUCAGCUGGUGACAGGGGUGUCCCGGGGAGGCUACAAGGCCGUGUGGUGGGCGUGCUGAAGAGGAAGAGAGGUGAGCUGGCAUUCGUGUGCCGGAUGGAUGAGUGGGACCCCCGCAUCAUGAUCCCCAUCAACGGCUCUGUGACCAAGAUCUUCGUGGCCGAUCUGAAGGACCCACUUCGGGUUCCCAUCCACCGCCUCUCUCAGGGCCGGGUGCAGUGUGUGGGACACAAGAACCUCACUGCCGAGGGCAGGCGCACUCAGCUCUUCUGGGUCCGCAUCAUCCUGUGGCGGGAGCGUUUCUAUUACCCCCUUGGCAUCAUCCUGGAGGUGCUUCCUGAGGCCACCAGCUGGGAACAGGGCCUCUACAUCCUUGGCCUGGAACACGGCUUGCGAACCUCCUUACCGGACUCGGCCUCCAUCUCCAAAGCACUACAGAAACACCGUGUGGAACUCGGCACAGCUGCAGGCCACCGAGAGGACUGCCGAAACUUCCUGACCUUCACUGUGGACCCACAGGGUGCUUUCAAUCUGGACGAUGCCCUCAGUGUCCGGGACCUGGGUCCCAGGUACGAGGUGGCUGUGCACAUUGCUGACGUGGCCAGUGUUGUGCCCAGGGAUGGGGUGCUGGACGUGGAGGCUCGCCAGCAGGGUGCUGUGUUCUAUGCCCCCGAUAGGGAGCCAGUGUCCAUGCUGCCGGCCGGCCUGUGCCAAGAUGUGAUCAGCCUCCUGCCGGGCAAGGACCGCCUCGCCAUCUCCCUCUUCCUCACCUUGGACAAGGACAGUAGCCAGCUCAGGGGCCUGCGCUUUGCACCCUCUGUCAUCUGCUCUGACCGGCAGCUGUCCUACGAGGAGGCCGAGGUGCUGAUCAGGGCGCACCCAGGCGCUGGCAUGGAGCUGCCGGCAUGCCUGGACUCAGUGGAGGCCUGUGUGGUGGCUGCCUGCUACUUCUCCCGGGUGCUGCGCCGGUGUCGGCUGCAAGCUGCCUGCCUCUACGAGCCCCUGGAUGAGGACAGUGCACUGGGCUUCCGUGCAGCCCACAUCAUGGUUCAGGAGUACAUGAUUCAAUUUAACAGCCAGGUGGCUGAAUUCCUGGUGGGCAACAAGCACACACAGGCGGUCACGCCCCUGAGAUGCCAGCCCAAGCCCCUGACAGCCCAGCUUGAAGCCGUGCGUGAGAGGCACAGAGAACUGGUGCCCCUGUCCCUGCACCUCCGCCACCACCUGCAAGGCUGUAGCAGCCCCAGAAAACAAAUGCACCUCCUGUCUUCUCUCUGGAAGCAGGUCCAGCUUGCUGCCCGCAGCCAGGACUAUGGACAGAUAGUGGAUCUCAUUGCCACUGAUGACAUUCACCCCUCCCUGGCUCCUCCAGGCCUGGACUUCUGCAAGGCCCUGGGCCGCUCUGUGUUUGUCUGCUCCAGCCAGGGUGAACAGCAGCUCAUCGGCCACUACUCCCUGCAGGUGGGCUGCUACACAUGGGCCACGUCACCCAUCCGCAGGUACCUCGAUGUGGUGUUGCAGCGGCUGAUCCUGCUGGCGUUGGGCCGCCGGGGCGCCGCGUACUCCUCCAGGGACAUCAAUGCGCUCUGCCAGGACUUCGCCCGCCAGCAUCAUGCAUGUGCUCAGAGCUACCAGCGGCGGGCCCUCAGCCUGCGCCUGGCCACGCAGCUCAAGGUUCAGCCUCGAGACAAGCUGGGCUUUGUGGUGGACGUGGAGCCAGGCACCCGCUGCUUCAAGCUACUCUUCCCUGCCAGCCGGGAGACCCUGCCUGACCCGUGCCCUGUCCAUUUUCACUCCCUGCAGCUGGCUGAGCACCCCCACGACCUUGAGAGCCGGCGGGGCCUACAGCUUGUGUGGCGGCGCCGCAUCUACUCUGUGCAGGAGUCCAAGCAGCGGACCCCGCCGCCCGGCACCCUGACCGACCCACACGUCUGCACCAUCGACACAACCCUGUGGCAGCGGCUGCUGGUGCUGGUGCAGCAGGAGCGCUGGCCGGAGGCGGCCACCCUCAUCCAGAAGCACAGUGGCAAGGGGUGUCAAAGACGGAAGCUGGUGCAGGUGAACCGGAGCCCCUGUGGCCACUUCCUGGAGGUGGCCCGGGAACUGGGCAGCGGGGAUACUCUGCAGGUCCAGGUCAGCGCCAGCACGCAGCGAGGCUUCCUGGUGCCCACCCUGCAGCUGUGGACCGUGGCGCCUGGCCUCAGUCUCUGCCUGGAGCAUGCGGAGCAUCCAGUCAGCUGCUUCUCAGGCCACGCACAGCAAGCCUCAAAGGAGCGGUACUGUGACGAGGAUGAGUACUCGCUCAUAUGGGGGCCCCUCUGCUCCCAGGAGUCCGCCUCCAAUGCUGUUGCUGAGAACGAGUCCAUUGUGCUGCAGCACGUGUGCAUUUCCUGGGAUGCGGAGAGGACACAGCAGGGGCAGCUGCAGGGCGCCUUCCACCUGGACCCUGCCUUCCUCCAGGAGAACUGCACUGAUGUUGAUUUCAGCUGCUGCUACCUCUGCAUCCGGCUGGAGGGCCUCCCGGUGCCACCAGCCCACCCGGCCUCUGGGCCCAGCAGCCUUGGCCCCCUCCUGAGCAUCGAUCCUGACACAUAUACCUGGGUGGCCCACGGGCGGGUGGACAGCCGUGACCAGGAAGACCAGGUAGACUGUCAGGAGGCCCCCAGGGGAGUGCAUUUCUUCAUCUACCACAUGGCCAUGGAGAAAGUACCAGAAAAUGUGCUGCGGCCCGGCACCCUGUUCACAGUGGAGGUGGUGCUCAGGCAGCUUCCUGACCUCCGCAAGGAGCAAGCCGUGCGCAGGCUGAAGAAGGCAUCUCCACUGGUCAUCAGCAUUGCCCUCGGCCGGCCCCUGCUGCAGCCCCGUGUCCCCUCUCACCAGCGGCCCUUCUGCAGGGGGACUGCUACCAGGCUCCUGAAGCAACAGGCCUAUGACAUCCCCGGGGCCCACCCCAAGCUGAACGCCAGCCAGAACAGGGCCAUCAGGCAGGCUCUGGAGAAGCCAUUUACUCUUAUUCAGGGUCCACCAGGUACAGGAAAGACAUUUGUGGGCCUCCACAUCAUCUUCUGGUUCCACAAAUCAAAUCUGGAGCAAGUACCAAUCAGGAGAAGUCCUGAUGGCGGGGAGCCACUGGAAGGCCCAUGUGUCCUGUACUGCGGCCCCUCCAACAAGUCCGUGGAUGUCCUGGCAGGAAUGCUCCUGAGUUGGAGGGCAGAGCUGAGGCCCUUGCGUGUGUACGGCGAGCAGUGCGAGGCCACCGAGUUCCCAGUGCCAGGCAUGGGCAGCAGGGGCCUUUGCAACAAGAAUCCCAGGGAAGGGAGGCCAGGCCAGGCCCUCAGGAACAUCUCCCUACACCACCGCAUCCGGCGGGCCCCCAACCCACAUGCGCCAAAGGUCAGGGAGUUUGACGCCCGGGUGAGCAGAGGGGAAGUCUUCUCCAAGGCGGACCUCACUGUGUACAGGAGGGUCAUGUGGGAGGCGCGGAAGUUCGAGCUGGCCCGGCACUCUGUCAUCCUGUGCACAUGCUGCUGUGCGGCUUCACACUGCCUCCAAACUCUCAAAGUCCAGCAGAUCCUCAUUGAUGAGGCAUCCAUGACCACCGAGCCUGAGACUCUCAUCCCUCUAGUGCACUUCUCAGGGGCCAAGAAGGUGGUCCUUCUUGGGGACCACAAGCAGCUGCGGCCUGUGGUGAAGAAUGAGCACCUACGAAACCUGGGGAUGGAUAAGUCCCUCUUCGAGCGCUAUCACAGGGACGCCCACGUGCUGGAUACCCAGUAUCGGAUGCACGAGGUCAUCUGUGCCUUCCCCUCUGCGGAAUUCUACGGUGGGAAGCUGAAGACCUGGCAGGGCCUGAGGCGGCCACCCAGCAUCCUGGGCCAUGCAGGCAAGGAGAGCUGCCCUGUCAUCUUUGGCCAUGUGCAGGGCCACGAACAGAGACUGCUGGUGACCACAGAAGACGGGAAUGAGAACUCCAGGGCCAACCCGGAGGAGGUGGCAGAAGUGAUCCGCAUCACCAAGCAGCUGACACUGGACCGAAAGGUGGACCCCAAAGACAUUGCCAUCCUCACCCCCUAUAAUGCACAGGCCGCAGCCAUCAACAAGGGCCUCAUGCGGGAGGGUGUCACUGGAGUGACCGUGUCCUCCAUCACCAAGAGCCAGGGAAGCGAGUGGCGCUAUGUGCUGGUAAGCACUGUCUGCACCUGCCCCAAGAGUGACGUGGACCAUUGGCCAACCAGGAGCUGGCUCAGGAAGUUCCUGGGCUUUGUUGUGGACCCCAACCAAGUGAAUGUGGCCAUCACCCGGGCCCAGGAGGGGCUCUGCCUUAUCGGAGACCACAUCCUACUGAGCUGCUGCCCCCUGUGGCGCCGCCUCAUAGACUUCUGCAAGGCCCAGCAGAGUUUCGUGCCUGCCAACAAGGUGCGGGUCUGGAGGAGGCCAGCCGUGUCGCUGUGAAGAUCCCCCAGCCCAGCUCUUGAGUGCCAGGGGUGUGGGUGGGCCCUGUGGCAGAAGCCCAUGGGAAGCAAGGCUUGCAUGAUCUUCCGUUUGUGCCUGACUUGCGGGGAGGGAGGAAGGGGGCUGGGCCUGUUUACACUCUGCUUUGCUGCCUUCGCCAGGACAGCCCCCAAAGCUGAGGCUUCGGGCCGAUCCUUCCCCUUGAGGGAAGGCCCUUUCUCUGCCCUCACUGCCCUCCGUCCUUCAGAGGCUGCCAGGCCAGGGAGGGCAGAGCUGAGCCAGAGGCCUUGCAGCAGUCUGGCCCAGCCCCCUCCCAGGAGGCGAAGAGCUGUUGGUACACCGCGUGCCAGGUGUGAGGUACCCCAGCUCCACCAGGUUGUGCAUCUUCCCUGAGCUGUGUGGCCUCCACACAGGGUCCUUGGGACACACAGUCGUUGGCCUCCAUGGGGACAGAAGACAGGCAGAACUGGGCCCUUAACUGCUGCUCCUUAUAACCACCAUUAGUGUUUUCUUGAGAUACUCAGGGACUUAGCAUGGGUCCUUGCUUGAGUGAUAAUGGAAGUGGAAACGAAAGCAGGAAUUGUAGGAAAGGCUAUAAUUACGAGAAAAUAAGGAGGAGAGCAGUUCUGAUAAAAAUCAAGCCAAUCCCUUAGAAAGUGAGCAGGCAGGGAAAGGACUUCAGUUCGGAGUGGGCAGAGGGGCCGGCUCUGCAGGACCCCCCUGGGUGGGCUGGGGUCUGGAAGGUCACUCUCCCCUGUGGUUCUAGCUCUGGAGGAAUCCUCCUGGCUUGAGGGCCUUAAGGGCUGAUUCCAUCCCCACGAAAUGAUUAUCUCUGUGGUGGUGUUGGUCAUGUGAGGCUCUGUGCUUCCUGGUACCCAGGUCACCUUGUUCAAGAUGAUGGCUGGCGAUUGUAGUCAUCACUCCAAAGGGAAAGGGUCUGGAACUGGAGAGUGCACACGCUGGUAAUCGAUGUCCUGAAUCUUGAAAAUUACCUUAGUUAUUCGGUGUCCUUCCUUGGAGGAGAAUAAGAUAGGCUAGGUAAAUUUAAAGCUAAUCAACUUUGUGGACUUAAAAAAAAAAAUGGUUGCUGGUUGUGGUGGUGCUGUAAUACCAGCACUUGGAAGGCUGA